AUGACCACUGGUGGACCUCAGGCUCAGCAGCUCCCCAAAAAAUCUCAGUGGGAGAUCGACCUGGACGACUGCAGUCCCUUCGCCAGACUGUCCCACCAGAAGACCUCCACGACCGCCACGUCGGACGACGACGAGUGCGAGCCCAUUGGCGACAAGGAGACCUACGAUGACUUCGAGGAGCUCUUUCCUAUGGCUCAGAUGGAGAUUCAGCUGCGUCUGUCACGCGAGCGCGAGGCAAAGGAAGCCGCCGAGAAGCUGCAAAUCCAGACCGCUGCCGAGGAUGCCAUGGCCAACCUCCUGGCCAGCAGCAUCGGGGCCAUGGCCCUGCAGAAAGCUGUCGCCGAGGACACGCUGGCAGCCGCUCGCGCAGAGACGGCUGCGCUCCAGGCCAGGCUGGAGGCGUCCGACGUGGCAGAGCUGGAGACCGCGCUGUCCAAGGCGGAGGCGGAGGUCCAGGAGGCGCAGCGUGGCUGGCAGACGGCCCGCAACGCCCUGGGACAGUCGGAGUACGUGCGCGCCCGGCUCACGGAGCGCCUGAAGCGGUGCAAGCAGACCAUCGUCACUCUGAACGACCGGCUCUUCGAGGGCGGGCGGGAGCGCAGGGCAGCCCGGCUGAGGGUCGACAUGGCCGAGGGGAAGCUGGAGGUGGCCCUCUCUGACGCCACACAUGCGCGCGACGUGGCUGCCUCCCACAGGGCCCAGCGCAGCCAGGCCCAGAUGGAGACGCGCUGGGCCCUGGAGGAGGCCGGCGAAGCGCGGCUGCAGGCGGAGGAGGCUCGUAAGGCGGCGGCCGCGGCGACUGCCGAUGCAGCCCAGGCCAGGGCGCAGGCUGCCCAGGCAGAGCGUGUGCCCAGCGAGGCCACUGCCAAGGCUGACGGCCUAGCAAAGGACCUGGACCGCACCGAGACGGAGGUGGCCGCGGCCAGGAGGGAGCUGGACCAUCGCAUCCAGUCCUCCUUCAGCAUCCCUGCCAAGAAGGCCAUCUCCCUUGCUGUGAAGGGCCGACCCUGGGAUGCCACCUUCUACUUCUGA